GAUGCGAGGGUGGGAUUGGCCCUACUUCCUCCUGGCCGGAGGAGCUGCGCUUUUGAUCAACCUCCCCUUGGUCCUCUUAGCCUGGCGAGAAGCGCUGGAACUGCCACGGCGCGAAGUGAAAUGGGUGCUUUUGCGUGGCCUCUUCGGGUGCUCCAAGAACGCGCUGAGCAAUUGCGCUGUCCUGGCGGGUGCGCAGGUGGGUUCAGUGGGUGUGCACCGCCUCGAGCAUGGUGUGUGGGUAUUUGCUUGA